AUUAUUUCCACGUGUUGGAGCCUGUUUUUCUCUAGUCCAAAGUUUGCAAAACUUGUUCAGUGAGCACAUUCAACAAUAUGGCUAAAAUAUAUUUAUUUUUCGCAGUCUUAACAAUAUCCUGGAUGACUGUAGUUAUCAGUGGCCUAAGGAGGGGAGAAGACGCCGUGAAGGUAGAGUUUCCGCCCUCCACCUCCACUAGCUUUCCCCGUAUGGUAAUGGUUCCAUCCCUACCACGCUUGCUUGAGUUUACUCUGUGCCUCCGAUUGAAGAUAGAGAGUUCUGCAAAUGUCGAAAACUUCAUUAUUUCUUAUGCAAUUGGAUCUGGCUCUGACAGCAACGAAAUUCUUCUCACGGCCAACAUGAACGCGCCAGUAAACAUAACCUUACGAGUUGUUAACAACUUGGCAGUAUUGCAAUGUCCAGGUUUAACUAGAGGCGUAUGGCACGAUGUCUGUGUUACGUGGAGUAGUGCUACAGGAAGAGUUGAACUGGUUGUUGAUGAAGGCUUUUGCAGCAAUCAGGUAAACGGCAUAGCCACUGGGAUGUCAGUCCGGGCAGGUGGCGUAUUAGUUGUGGGUCAGGAACAAGACACCUUGGGUGGUGGCUUUGAUUCUACCCAAAACCUGGUUGGCGAUAUAACUCAGCUAAUGCUCUGGAACGAAGUUUUGACCAGCAGUCAAAUUUUCCGUGUAGGGUCUUGCCUCAAUAAAGAAUGCAAAUCAUUACCUUGUUGUGCGGAAAAAGAAAACACCGGAAACGUCAUCAACUGGCUGCAAACAAAGUUUGAAUAUUAUGACGGUGCGAAGACAUCUUCAACACAAAUCUGUAAAUGAAAUUUAAUUUCUAACGCUUGUACUCUUCAAACCAUUUGACCUUUUAUUUUCGGAAUGAAAGCCAUGGGUUAAUUGGGGGUAGCACUUUUUUCUUCCUUUUUCUAUCUGCUGUACCACAAGCACUAAAUAUUUGUGAAAAUAAACCCGUUUCAUGCUGAUUGA